AUCCAAAUAUACAGCUUGUAUACACCAACGAAUCCAAAUAUAAUAUGUAUUUUAGUUUCAGAAUAAAUCAAGAAAAAGUCAUAACCAAAGAUCAAUAAAUUCAAACUUGAUAAAUGUCCUAUUUUAUUAUCACCUCCACUCAAACAACACAAUAAUGGCAAACCAAGAUCCCAAUCACAGCAACACGAUACCAAUCAUAGGACCUGAGUUUGUUAGUCCUCAACCUACGGAUCUAACGAUCAUCGGAGAUACAGUGAAGGACACAAAUGGAAACAAAGUGUUCAAAGUCAAAACGCCUCUCUUUGGUCUCCACAACAAACGGAUUUUGAUUGAUCCUAAUGACUCUACCAUUGUCACCAUGAAAAUGAAGGUGACUAGUAAGCACGAUCGGUGGCAAGUGUAUAGAGGAAGUGAUUUAGAUGAUAAGAUCUUCACGGUAAAAAGAUCUUCAACAGUUCAGUUGAAGACAAGAGUUGAAGUAUUCUUGAAGCAUAACCAGACCAGAGAAGCGUCUUGUGAUUUCACAAUCAAAGGCCGGUUUAUGAAGCGUGCAUGUACAAUCUAUGCUGGAGACUCCACGAAAAUCAUCGCUCAGGUACAUGAAGGAGAUGAAAGAUUAGUGGCUACAAUAUAUCCUAAUGUCGAUUGCGCUUUUAUUGUUACACUUAUCUUCAUAUUUGACCUUAUUAAUAUGGGUGGGACUGGGAUCUGACUAUUGAUUUGAGAGCAAGAGUUAUCUUUUUUAUACAUUGUCCAUAUGUAAGUAUGU